AUGGUCCUUGUGUUUCUGAGAGACACAGAUUCAGAGCGAAACAGUGCACGUUCCCAGCAACGAAAGAGAAACCAGAUUGCAAAACGAAAUGAAGAAAAGAGUCCCCCAAAUUUCCGAACCAUCACUACUCCUCUCACUCCUCUUGUCGGGUACUUGAAACCUGGUCCGCCUGGGGCCGACCUGCCGUGCACCCUCAAUUCCCUUGCAAGCUCCGAAUUGCUGAGGCCAAGUGUGGGUCUAGGACUCCGUGCUUCCAGACCAGGCCUGGAGCUCGAUCUGACUGAAGAGCGACUUGGGGACAGCAGUUCAGCAGACAACGCUGCUGCGGAGGCCUUCAGUGACAAAGACACCGACCAGAGGAGCUCCCCAGAUGUGGUCAAAGGCAAGAACUGCUUCACUCCAGAGAGCCCCGAGAUCGUGUCCGUGGAUGAAGGGGGAUACGCUGUGCAGAAAAACGGGGGUAACCCAGAAAGCUGCCCUGACAGCCCCAAGUACCACGCUGAGCAGAGCCACCUCCUGAUCGAGGGUCCAUCGGGGACCGUCUCUCUGCCCUUCAGUUUGAAAGCCAACCGGCCACCCCUGGAAGUGUUGAAGAAAAUCUUCCCCAACCAGAAGCCCACUGUGCUGGAGCUCAUUCUGAAAGGCUGCGGGGGCGACCUGGUCAGUGCGGUGGAGGUCCUGCUGUCCAGUCGGUCCUCGGCUGCUGGGGCGGAGCGGACGGCCGAAGAGAGCCUCGUGCUGCCCUCCAGCGGCCACAUCUUUGAACACACGCUGGGCUCCUACCCCAUCUCUUCCUCCAAGUGGUCGGUGGGCUCCGCCUUCCGAGUCCCUGACACCUUGCGCUUUUCGGCGGACUCCAGCAACGUGGUCCCCAACCCCUUGGCCGUGCCCUUGCAGCAUCCUUUCCCCCAGCCACCCCGGUACCCAUUGAUGCUGAGGAAUACUUUGGCCAGGAACCAGUCAAGCCCCUUUCUGCCCAACGAUGUCACCCUGUGGAACACCAUGACGCUGCAGCAGCAGUACCAGCUGAGGUCCCAGUAUGUCAGCCCCUUCCCUAGUAACUCCACCAGUGUCUUCCGGAGCUCGCCUGUGCUCUCCUCCCGCACCACAGAGGACCCUCGGAUCUCCAUCCCCGAUGAUGGGUGUCCAAUCGUGACAAAGCAGCCCAUCUACACAGAGGAUGACUAUGACGAGAGAUCCGACUCCUCGGACUCUAGAAUACUCAACACAUCAUCCUAA